AUGAAGCUUAAGCUCAACAUGGAACUGUCUCACGUCAACGAACAAACCAAGAUGGACUACAUCCUCUCGCGCACCUCCGGCUCCGUCUUCGAGCGCCUCCUCGUCCGCGUCCCUGGCCACGGCCACGACCACGGCCGUCGCCCUGAUCUCGUGUUCAAAGACUCCGCGGAUUGCCUCUACCAAUUCAAUGAGUGGUACAGCGAUCGCCAUCGCGAGUCUCGUGCUUACACCGACUUCGAGCUCCUCCGCCAACGCGCCGACGAGUCGUUCGGAGACUUCUACACACGCUUCCAAGACCUCGUCGGCUACCUUAACCUUCCAGAGAGCCUCCUUGUUCUUAAGCUCAAAUACAAGCUCAACGACCGCUUCGGUUACUACAUCAACGACGGCAAAAUCUACGCCUCCGUGCGCGAACUCGUUGACCGUGGUGACCGCCUCGAUGCUGACAUCCACCUUCUUCCCGACGACCCCUACACUACUGACGACGACCACGACCACGACUUAGGCUCCGAGGCCUCUCACGACUCGCACGAAUCUCACGACUUCGUGGCGUCUGCGUUGGAGGCCUGCUGCUUUAGCUGGUAUGCGUCCUCUAUGGUCUAUGGGCGAGAUCCGUGUCGCUUCUCGUACGCCCAUUGUCUGUCAUUGUAGCGGUAUGUUUCGCUGACGACAAGGGUUUCGUCCACACGCUGUUAAUGGACAACGCGGAAUUGCUAGGAGCGAAGGCUUGGUUCACAUCAAAGAUGUCAUAGGACGGAAGCUUCGUGAUGCGGGAAGCUAGGCAAUCCUCGGUAUCCAUCUGAAGACCGAAUCUACAGAUCAUCAUGGACUCGACGAGUGUAAACAACGCAGGUUCGGUGUCUUUGCCAGGUGCUUCCCAUGAGACGAGUCCAAUGGCGUCACAGUCUAGCUCUUCGAGAAGCUGGUAGAAGGGUAAAUUUCUUUCUGGCCGGGU